ACCUGCUGUGAGUCCGCAGCAGCAAAGGCACAGCAUACUCAGCAUCAUCAGGUCAGGGCACCAUGGGGAACUGCUGCGAGGCCAUGUGCAAUGUGCGAAAGAACACCAAUGUGCGCGUCAGUCUGCCGGCGGUCUGCUUCGUGUGGCAAAUAGCUAUGAUCAUCCUCUUUGGGGUCUUCAUUCGCUAUGAUGAAGAGUCGGACGCCUCUCGCUGGCAGGACUACAAAGAGGAACACAACUUCACCAGUGACAUUGAAAAUGACUUUUACUACAGAUAUCCUAGUUUCCAGGAUGUCCAUGUGAUGAUCUUUAUCGGAUUUGGUUUCUUGAUGACCUUCCUGAAACGUUACAGCUUCGGAGCCGUGGGCUUCAACUUCCUGAUUGCCGCCUUUGGCCUGCAGUGGGCUCUUCUCAUGCAGGGCUGGUUCCACUCCCUCGACCUCACAACUGGGAAAAUCAGCAUCGGCGUGGAGAGUUUGAUCAAUGCUGACUUCUGCUGUGCCGGCUCUCUGAUUGCCUAUGGUGCCCUGCUGGGUAAAGUCAGCCCUGUCCAGCUGUUGGUUGUCACCUUAUUUGGCGUCACACUCUUUGCUGUGGAGGAAUACAUCAUCCUCGAGCUUCUCCAUUGCAGAGAUGCUGGUGGCUCCAUGGUCAUUCAUGCCUUUGGAGGAUAUUAUGGUCUGGGUAUCUCCUGGGUCCUCUACCGACCAAAACUAGACCAAAGCAAACGCCUGAAUGGCUCUGUGUACCACUCCGAUAUGUUCGCCAUGAUCGGUACCCUGUUCCUGUGGAUGUUCUGGCCCAGUUUCAACUCUGCCAUCACAGACCACGGCGACGGUCAGCACAGAACGGCCAUCAACACUUACAUCGCCCUGGCGUCGUCUGUUCUCACCGCUGUGGCCAUAUCCAGCUUGUCCCAGAAGAGAGGCAAACUGGACAUGGUGCAUAUCCAGAACGCCACCCUGGCUGGUGGCGUUGCUAUGGGAACAGCGGCCGAAUUCAUGAUCAUGCCCUACGGUGCGCUCAUUGUGGGCUUCCUCACUGGCCUCAUUUCAACUUUUGGCUACCUUUAUGUCACGCCCUUCUUGGAAAAGUACCUGAAGCUGCAGGACACAUGUGGCGUCCACAACCUGCACGCUGUACCAGGCAUGCUUGGCGGCUUCACAGGCGCCAUUGUGGCAGCUGCAGCUACUGAAUCUGUAUAUAGCCAGCAUGGGCUGGACGCAACCUUUAAUUUUGAAGGAAAGUUUGCAAACAGGUCUGUGGGCACUCAAGGAGGCUAUCAGGCUGCUGGCACAUGCGUGGCCAUCGCCUUUGGACUCGUUGGAGGAGCACUUGUUGGUCUCAUCCUGAGGAUCCCAAUCUGGGGCGACCCUGCUGAUGAUAACUGCUUCGAUGACGAAGUCUACUGGGAGGUUCCUGAGGAAGAGGAGGGCAUCCCUCCUGUGUUGGAGUACAACAACCACAUGAUUAACAAGCACCAAGACCUCUCUGAGUCCAACUUCACCGUGGAGCAAAGCUAGUCACACAGUGGACCAUGGACUUCACCAAGCACAGUGAACAAAUAGUAGAAAGGACUGACCUGUAAAAUUGCUUCAAACUCUUACGAGGAAAAUGCGUGACAUUUAUUUAGGAUGUAACUUUAAAUAACGACAUGUCAGGUUUAACGUGUGUAAUGAAGGCUGUUUAUGACGUGUAAAAUGAACUAUUUUAAUGUGUUGCAAACACAUAUCAUUGACGAUGACCUGAGAAAAGGUUCAAAACCUUUUAUGUUGUGCUUUUUACUGUUGAGCAUUGUCUAUAAAGUUAUUUGUUAAGAUUAUCAUGUGCACUUUUGAGUUGCAUCUUUUUCCUUGCAAAUGAAGUGAAGGUGUUUGUAUAUACAUGUCACAUUGUUUAUUGCCGUAUGCCUAUUAUUACCCAUGCCUAUUAUUACUUGUGACUUUGACACAGUAUGUGCUCUUUGUAAUAUUGUUGAUGUAUUACUGUUUCUGAUGUACACAGCUUCCAAUCACAUGCAAAUACAGUACUAAUUAAAUCAUCUCACAUUA